UUUACGUUCCAUACGCAUCGACUUAGUCUGAGUGUGUCCGACCGUUCGCGUUAUACCUAUUUUCGAACCGACGGACUGCCGUUUUUAAUUAAGCAAUUUUUUUUUCUUUAUUAUACAUUAUAAUUUGUCUCUAUUAUACAUCCUGCAUUUGCCUCCUGAUAACAAUCGAUUACGGUCCAGCGCCGACGAAAAGACAUCGUUACAAUAAUUCGAGCUACACCAUUUUUUCGUUGUUGUUUUUAACGGUUUUUUCAAGUCUGCUUUUGAUAACAGACCGAACGAAAAAUAGCGAUGAAGAAUUUUGACAACACGCUCCGGCUCUACAACAAACGAGUGCUAAAAAAAACAAAAAUGCAUACGUAUACCAAAAAUUAUAUCGAUAACUUGAUAAAAAAAAGUAUAUUCGCUGAAUUUGAAGUUCCUUUGAUAAAAUUAACUGAAGAAGACAUAGAAAAUUUCAAAUUGAGCUUGAUUAAAAAUAAGGAUAAUAUACCCAAAGAAGGAGGUAUAGACGAUGAACCUGCUGAAAUAAAACAGAAGUUGGAUACAAAUGGAAUAAAUGUUUUUAAAUCAGUAUUAUCUAGAGAGAGUGAAACUCGUACAUUUGAAUCACAAUUGAAUUCUUCAUUAAAACCCAUUAAGGAAAUUGCUUCUACCAGUAUUGAGGAAGUACCCACAAUUAUUGAUUGCGAUGAAUCUACUAAAUCUGAAAAUUCUUCAGCUAAAAAUGUAUGGCCAAUUAUCAACUUAAUUGAUGCUAGGAAAAUGAUGGAAAAAGAUAAAUACAUAAAUUGGAUGAAUACUUUAAAUACAUCUUUAGAUAUAAGACCCAAACGUAGAACAAAUGGCAAGACCAAUUUAGCAGUUGCUAAACCCUCUACAAGCAAACUUAAUACUUCUUCACAUAGUACCAAAGUAAAUGAACUUAAAAACCCUUUGAAUGACAAAAAUAAUGUAGGAGAGGAUUUAUUUGAAAUUGAAAAAAUAUUUAAAAAGUAUUUUGGAAAGUCCGUGUUAGAUGCUGUUAUAAUUGUUGCAAAUAUAGUCAACAUAAUUUCAAUAUCUAACAAGCAUCUCAAAGAACGAAUGGAUGAAUCUUUUAAGAAAAUAUCUGAAGCUGAAAAACUUAAAGAAAGAUGUAAUGCCAACCAUUUACACGAAAUGCAUAAAAAAAUUCUAGAAAAUAAGUUGAAAACUAAUUUUGUAUACAUCAUAUCAUCUUUUGCAGAAUCAGAAUUCGAUUUAGCAUUUAAAAUGCUUUUUCUAUGUAUAAUAACGGUACUUCGAGCUUUGGAUCAGCCAAAAUAUGGAAAAGGUCGCAUCUUCAACAAUUUGUUACUCACAUUAUCGACCAGUUUGAAAAACCGUGCAUAUAACCAUCCCAAAAUGUUUUCAAUGUUCCGGGCAAAGAAAUUUCGAUCUGACUGUAUUAAAGUAAUAAGUCUAAUUGAAGUUAGUCGGGAUAGUGACCCUGGAAUCGCCAUUCGCAUGCCAUUAUUUUUUGUAACAUCAGUAGACUGCCAGCGAUAUUUUAAAGCAGCUACUGAUACUGUCACCGGUAAAUUGAACGAAAACCUGGAAUUAUUAAUCGAUAAUGCAACUCUUCAAUGUUCCAUAAAUUCAAAUUUUAAAGAUUUUGUGGAUUCUUCAACUGUAGAACAUUCAAAUUGUAAAUUACCAGUAACAGAAACUAUUCAAAGCCCUAUCAACUCUGAUAUAAUAACUGAAGCAAUGUUCCAGUUCAAAAAUCAAAACAAACUAAUACCUGUGCUAAAUGGUAAUAAGGCCCAAACCAUUGGUAAUGCUGGAGAAGAACCAUCGAUUGUAAUGACCCAGCCAUUAAAUAACUUCUACGGUCCAUUUUCUUCUUCACUACCAAAAAAUAUGUCAGCAUCGUCUAGUUCUACAAUGAUACCAAAAAAAAAAUAUAUAGUUGUUACGCCAAUUAUUUCAAAUAGUCCUUUGUUCUUGCAUCAAACAGCAUCAUCGUCAGAUACUGCAACAACAGUACCAAAAAGAACAUUUUUGACACCCAACACACCAAUUCAGAAUAUAAAAACAGAACCAAACAGAUUUUCUCAUAUAACUAAAGGCAACACUAUUGUAAUUGAUGAAAAACCUUAUAAAAUAGUUACUGGAACGAGAACAGUAGCCAUUGAUACUAAUUUACCUGGGAAACUACCGUCAACCAAUAUGCGUAUAUGCUUCAUGAAUAAUUGUAAAAAAUCUGCAACAAUAAUGUGCAGUAAAUGUAGAAUUGUGAAAUACUGUUCUCUGAGCUGCCAACGACAACACUGGAUAGCUAAUCAUAUAGCUGAAUGUGAUCAUCUGAUAAGACUAAGCCAGACUCUACCCCAAACUUUCCAUCGCAUAUAAAAAUAAUUGCAAUCUGGUUUAUUACAAAAAAAAUUAAAACCCUUAAAUACCUAUAAGAUUUUACAUUUUUAUUAUUUUUUUUUUUUUAAUUUAUUCAUUAUUUAAAUAACCCGGUGGUCUUUAUAAAUAAGUUUAAAGCCAUAAUAAAACAAGUUUGCUUAGAUUUAAAAUAUAUCAAUAUCUAUGAACUAUGGUGUGGGUCUCAUACUUUACACUAAUAUUGUUUAAUGAGAAACAGGCGUUUGAAAAUAUUAGUGUGACGGCAUAGAGCCGAAGUCUGAACGGCGGCGUAGGUAUAAUUACAUGUAAAAGUCUUUAGAUUAAUACAACAAUUAUUUAAGUUGUUAAAGAUAAUAAUUAUUUUUAUUUUUUAAUGUAACCUUAAGUGUUUUUU